AUGGAUGAGUUACAAUUACUGGAAAAUAAAUUUCUCUAUAAUUUCCUUAAAAGUAAACUACAGAAUCCCAUACAAACCCCGUCAGUGGGCCAACCGAUGCCUAACAGUGAGCCCUGUUUUCAGUUAGCCAUCGCAUCUGAGAGACAGAAGAAUUUGUUUGCCAUUAAAGAGUUGGAGCAGACGUUGAAAGAGGCGAAGAGGAAAGAGAUGGAGUUAAAACAGAAACAUCAAAUGGUUCUCGAGCAACAGCAUGCUAAACACCAAGAUAAGGAGCGACAAAACUCACGAUAAGUUGAAUAAUUCAAUAUCAUUUGAAACGUCAUUUGAUGUAAUAAAUAAGCUUGGUGAGGGUGGCUAUGGGCAGGUAUAUAAAGUUCGAGAUAAAUGUGACAAUAGUUUCUAUGCAAUAAAGAAAUGUUCAUUAAAUGG